UGCACUCUUCCCUACAAAUUAGCUCAGCCUCCAAAAAUCCCAUUUCCAGCUUUGAAAUUUUUCUCUCUUGUAAACAUGGUUUCAGUCAACCAACAAUAAUUCACUUUCAGAGAGGGCUCUGUGCUUUGCCGAAGGCUUCCUUCACUAUGCUGUGAGGUCCUUGGUUUAUUUUCCCUGUUUUGCCAAUAAGUGCAGUUGAAAGAAGUUAAAAUGCCUAUCUCAAAGUCACACUUUUCAGAAGUGUUUUCUGACACCAAAUCCACAACUCUUCCCACUACCUCUUCCUAACGGCUCCUGUUUCCCAUAUUGGUUUCCAUAUCUACUGAUUCACUAGGCCUUCCCUCAAUUUUGCUUCAACUCUUUUGAUUCUAUCCACUAGGCAUGUUAUCUUAUGGUUGGGAAAAGAUCUUGAGGGUCACCUGGGCCAGUUUCUUACAUGAUAGAUGAAUUCUUCCCUUGAACAUUCUAGACCAAGACUCUGCUUGAACAUUUCUUUCUUGUCUAUUACCACUUUUGGUUCUCUCUCUCUUUCUCUUCUUUCCUUUUCUCUCUCUUUCUCUGCCUGCUUUUUUCUCUCUCAUUCUCACAGGAUUUCUAUAUUUUACUUACACACUGAAGAAUUGUUUUUCCAUUUGCCAGUAAAUGGAGUCCAUUCCACCCCACUUCCAGGAUCUGAGAUUCUCCCACUGUUCCCUGCCCCCGCUGCCCCCUAACCACUGCUUUUUUCCUGAUAAAACAACUGCCUUAAAAAAAAAAGUCUCUAGUUAAUAAUACUUCUUCCAGAGCAGUGAAUUUUAACUAGAACAAACAGUCUUGCUUACAAAAAAAUUAAGAAUUAUAUGCAUAUUAAAAAGAAAAAGAUCCAUUUGGAGAAAAGCGUUAUGCUUAGAAUUGAAAUACCUCCUUGCCCAAAAUACUAUGAACAGCAGCUAGCGUAGCUACAUCCCAUAGCGACAUGCUAGAAUCCUGAGGGGAAAUAGGAUUAUGAUGCACAGAAGUUCUAAAUUGGAAUGGUACCUGAAGUACAGAUGAAAACCAGUUUGGAGCUACCUGUUGGGGGGGGGGAAUAGAAAUUAUUUUUUAAAAAUCAAGUCAACAGAGAGUGUGAAAGAGAGAAAGAAAUGAAGUUAAAAGGUUAGACAAGCCUCAAUAGCAGUAACAACCCAACACUCUCCUUCCCCAUGGCUUCCAGAUGUCCUCCUGAUGACUUCAAAAUCUAUUAUGUACUCACAGAAUGUACAGAUUAUAGUGACAGCAGCUCUGCCAAAGAGUCUAACAUGGCCCAGCAGCACUCCCAAGGUGUGACAGGUCUUCGUAACCUAGGCAACACAUGCUACAUGAAUGCCAUCUUGCAAUGUCUCUGCAGUAUCACUCCAUUGGUGGAGUAUUUUCUUUCCGGAAAGUACAUCACUGCUCUCCAAAAAGACAGUGGUGAGGCUGCCACUGCUUUUGCAUAUCUGAUGACAGACAUGUGGCUUGGAGACUCAGAUUGUGUCUCACCCGAAGUGUUUCGGACAGCCAUUGGAAAAAUCUAUCCAACAUUUCUGAAGAGGACACAGCAAGAUGCCCAGGAAUUCUUGAUUUAUGUCCUGAAUGAACUUCAUGAGGCUUUGAAGAAGUAUCGUCGGAAAAAACCACACGAGAAAGUGACUACGAAGUGCUACAGGAAGGUGGCGUCUAGUGAAUCCUCCAUCAUUACGCGGCUUUUUGAGGGGCAGCUGAACUACGACAUCGUGUGCUUGAAGUGUGAAAACUGUACCUACAAGAACGAAGUCUUCACCGUCCUCUCCCUUCCGAUUCCAUCAGAAUGUGAAUGUUCCCUUCAGGAAUGUCUUGGAUGCUUUUUUCAACAAGAUACACUCACCUGGAAUAACCAAAUUCAUUGUGCUUUCUGCGAAUCCAAGCAAGACGCAGCUGUCAGAGCAAGUAUAGCCAAAGCACCAAAGACAGUUAUUUUUCACUUAAAGAGGUUUGACUGUCAGGGUAGAAUGAAGAGGAAAUUAAGGACAGAUAUCCACUAUCCACUCAACAACUUGGAUCUUUCUCCUUAUAUUUAUCCACUUUUUCGGAAACAUCCUAAAUACAGCCUUUGUGGAGUGGUGAACCACUUCGGUGAUCUAGAUGGCGGCCACUACACGGCAUUCUGCAAGAACACAGUUAGCCAGACCUGGUAUAGCUUUGACGACACCCGAGUUUGUGAGAUUCCAGAUUCUUCAGUCCAGACUGCCGCUGCGUACCUCCUCUUCUACAGUUGUCAGCCUUUUUCUAUACCUACCCCAAAAUGCAAGUGCUAGGAAAGCGUUUUCUGAACACUGCGGAGCCUUAGAUCACAAAUCACAGUGGUAGCCGUUUUGCUUAAAAUUAAACCUGUGCAUCUGA